CAUCACGCUGCAGACAAGUGGCAACCUCUGAUAUCUACGAAAGAAGAUAGAUAUAUUUUUAUGUUUGUUCUGCUUUGUAAUUUAUGUUGCUAUCCAGGUUCAUUGAGCAGCAUCGUUUUUGAAGAGUGCAUUAUUUAACUUUAGGGUUAUUUGAAUAUUUCGCUGUCUGAAUGUCUGACUUGAAGAUGCCAGCCAAAACACAUGGAGUUGGAGUUUUCUUAGAGCUCAGGAAAAGGCUUCAGAGUGGACUACUUAUUGUCGGGAAGGAUAUAGUAAAGAGCCCUGCUGAUGUGGCCGUGACUGGUGGAGAUUGUUCCCUCAACAUCCAGACUCCCAAGGGUGAGCUGAGUUUGAAAUUGCCGGCAGGAGUCACCUUCGAGCAGGGAUCCUGCAUUCCAACACCUGCGGGAGAAUCCUGUGGAGAGGAGCUGCAUUUCAGACUGCGAAUAAGUGUCACAAGAGACGCAGAUGAAGACGCCUCUGUCAGCGUGAUGGAGACACUUCGGACAAAAGAGACUUAUUGCUUCUACUGCCAGGGCUGCAUGACCCGACUGCUCGAGGACAGAGAGUUUAAGAGAGUUCUUCCUCUUCCUAAUGGCAACUGGAACGCCAUCGUGGACGACUGGUGUUGCCAUCCAGACCCGUUUGCUAACAAGAAGCUGCUGCCCAGAGCUGAUGAUUGUUUACUGGGUGACACCUUCUUCCUCCUGAAUAGAGAUGGCAGCUGUGCACAGACUCUCACUGAGGAAGUGAGUCCUGUUGGCUCAGAGGACAGACAAGACCCAAAGAAACCCUGCCGCCGCCUGGCACUCAUCUCCUGCACAAGCUGCUCAUCAGUGCUAGGAGAAGCUAUUGCCCCAGAGGCGCUGAAACUGUACAUCACGCAGGUGGUGGUGGAGCCUGCUGUUGGAGACAGAAGACCAGAAGCUUCACUUAACAGAUCUCUCUGCUUGGAGAAGACUAUUGCAGCCCGGUUACUGAAUCUGUCCAACUCACUGAGCACCUUCCACUUCUCUGUGCAGACUCCUGAUGGAAAAGCCUUCUUGUUGCUCUGGCUCCUGAACAGUGACUCCAUCACUGCAUCAGUCCCAGAGACGUGUGUUGGGGGUGAGAGCUCUAUCAGCUCCUCGGCUCUUCACAGUCCAUCACGCAGAGCUGCCAGAGCCCUGAAACUCCUCUACACCGCCUGCUCUGACACCAGCAGCGAGCAGAGAGAGAUUGUAUCUAGUUGGGAGGUCAAUGCUAUAGGACAUCCGGUGGUCCUGCCGCUGACAGUUUGUGAGGAGCUGCUGCAAGUGAUAGACACCAGCAACUCAAUACUUCCUACCUCCAUGCAUUGCAUGAGGUCUUAUAAGGUAGCAUACCUGAGACUGUGAGGUGACAAGUCAGGACUCCACCCAUCAUUCUUCCAGAAACCCUGGACAGCUCAGAGAGGAAAUUCUGUGAGCGUGUUAGUUUAAGCUGGCUUCCAGUAAGUAUUAAAAGGGGAAUAAUUGCAGAGGUAAUGGCAGCAAAUGUGGAAUGUCUUAUUAAGUCAAACCUUACUGGGUCUGCGGUUUUUUUCUGUCACCACUUGCACACAUUUCAUGCUGACACAGGUUGUUACCAGUCUUCAUGCAAAAGUGGAAGAUAUUCACUGUAUCAGAAUUGUCCUUCAUAGACCAGAUAGUUUGAUUCUGCAUCAUAAUUUUAAACCAAAUGUAUCAUGUAAACAAACAUUUCUUGUAUGAGAAUGAUGUUUGUCCUUCCCUGAACUUUGCUUUGUUUUUAUGUUUUGUACUAUUCUUGACAUAAACGGAUUAAACUGUAGUAUUUUUGGA